UAUUUAAUGAUUUGGCAGGUUACUUACGCCCCCUGGAUCGAAAUUCUUGGUGACAAAACCGAUUACUAUCAAGGAUCAGUUGUUGCUGCUAGGCCCUGGGAUGUUGAAACCUUUGGGUGGUCAUGUCCAAGAAAUGGUGCAAGCGUGGCGUGCGGGCAAGCAAUUUGUAAAACGUGGGUUACAAACGGAUGACGAUAGUGGACCACCACCAUUUGUUCCUUUCAAAAUCAAGCCAGCAGCUUCAAAGGAAGAGAAGAAGAAAAAGCCAUCAUCAACGGAUACUAGUAGCAACAAAGACAUGAAGGGCAACAUUAAUGCGGUUGAUGCCAAACAGCAAAGCGAGAAAGGAGAAAAAAAGUCAAGGAAGAAGGACGAAGGCGCUGCUGAUGGCCAUCACAAAAAGGGCAAACGGAAAGAACCCAAAAACAAGGCCGUUGAAACGACGGAUAGCAAUAUCAAGAACAAGAACAACAAAAAUGAUCGAGCACCGAAGAAGGAACAAAAUAACAAGUCUAAAUCAGAAAAGUCCAAAUCCGACAAAACGCAGCAGCAGAACAAAUCUACUAGUGAUAAGCCUGACAAGCCCACCGGCAACAAGUCUUUUGAAAAUAAGCCCAGAUCAGACAAAUCCAACGAUAAACCAAAAUCUGGCAAAGCGAGUGAAUCCAAAUCGGACAAGCCAAACAAAGCGGCAGACAGUAAACCCAAGAACAAUGACAAACCGCCAAAGUCUGACGGACCCAAAUCUGACAAGCCGAAAAAGCAAGAUAGACCCAGAAAAAGUGAGCGGCAGGAUGAUGAUGAUAAUAAUAGGAAUAAUCAUGCGAAAAGCACAUCGGGUGAAGCUCAAGGACCUCCAGCAAUUAAUACAACGGAACAAACACUGUCAGAUCAAGAAAAAAGUAGCAGUCGAGGUCGAGGCAGAGGACGUGGGCGCGGCCGUGGUGGACGAGGUCGCGGUGGUAGCGGAGGAAAUAGAGGUCGAGGAAGAGGACAAAGCCAAGGAAAAGAUACCGAAUAAAAAGAUCCGUAUUAUACACAGCACUGUUGCUUGAUUCUUUUUAUUGUGUUGCUUAGUAUGGGACAAGUGGAGAAACUAGUAAAGUUUGAACAUCAAGCCCAUAGCGAAGAAGCAGGUUUGGUUACUGAAUAGAUGGACCAUUGUCACCUUCGCAUCUUUGGGUCUUGAGCCCCUUCCCUGGUGUAUGUAGAAGGAGAUCAAAGGAAAAAGGCCUGCUUAAGGCU